CACGACGACGGACACGACUUUAGAACCAGUGUGAAUAGUGUCAAGGCAGAAAGACCGUACCGCUUGCCACCGCCUCAACUCUCGUGUUUGAACCUGAUUCUGCUGUCGCCGACCUUUGAAUCUGUCUACCGAUCUGAAGGCUGUAAGUGCUGUCGUUCCUUCUCCAUCCACCCACUCCUCAUGUGUAAUAUUGUGUGAUCUCAAGGCAUGGAUGUCACGGUGCGCCUUGGCAGAAUAAAAUAUUGUAAUCCGAAUUGAGUAGGCUACAGUCUGCGAGGAUUUAGCACUGGUUUACACAAUCAGCUAACUUGACAUUCAAGUUGCAGGGGAAAGUGUAGCCUAGUGCAAUUAAGCUGUGGAAAGUGGAAACCGACCUGACCGUAACUGCAACCGAUAUGUUUUGACGGGUGAGGGUCCGACUUCGGAAUGAAGGCGGCCGUACAGAUUUGGAGACGGCGGCCCUUCCAGCGGUUCUGCUGUUGUGGAGUUGGGCUUCUCGCGGUCAUUUGGCUCGCACAGGUCGCGCACGUGACAGAGCCGGAGUCGUCCGGGUCUCAGCUAGAAGAGGAUGGUGUUCCAGUUCGUUCCAGACGCAGGCUGAUGCAGGAGGAGUGGCCAGAAGACAACCAGACCCUGGACCUUCCUAGACCAGCCAUCCAUGAGUUUCCAGAAGAUAUCUUUACCAAGGAGGAGCUGAAAGGAGGAGCAGUGUUGUUACAUGUGCUGUGUGCUAUCUACAUGUUCUACGCUCUUGCUAUUGUCUGUGAUGACUACUUUGUCCCUUCCCUGGAGAAAAUAUCAGAGAACCUGCAGCUCAGUGAGGAUGUGGCAGGGGCAACCUUCAUGGCUGCAGGGAGCUCAGCACCAGAGCUCUUCACCUCUCUCAUUGGUGUGUUCAUCACUAAAGGCGACGUGGGGGUCGGUACCAUCGUGGGCUCAGCGGUCUUCAACAUCCUGGUCAUCAUUGGUGUUUGUGGCAUCUUUGCGGGCCAGACGGUGGUUCUGACAUGGUGGUCUCUGUUCAGGGACUCCACCUACUACAUCUUCUCUGUGCUGGCUCUCAUCAUGGUUAUCUACGAUGCAAAAGUUGUCUGGUGGGAGGCCGUGCUCCUAAUGACCAUGUAUGGAGUUUACAUUCUUAUCAUGAAGUUCAACUCCCAGAUCAGGGGAUGUGUGGAACAUCGGUUUGUGGGCCCGGGUCAGUGCUGCCUUGUCAGUGAGGGACUCAGAGAUGAGGAGAUGGCAGAGGACGGACCCACAUGUAACACCAACAUGGUGCUGCUCAGGAAAGGCCAACCCCAGGGUCAGGAGUCUCCUCCGGUGGUGAUGGUGGACGAGCUCCUGAUCCUCAACCCCCACCAGCUGUCCUUCUCUGAGGCCGGCCUGCGCAUAAUGAUCAGCCCCCACUUCUCCCCUCGCACCAGGCUCACCAUGGCAGGCCGCGUGCUCAUUAGUGAGAGACAAAGGUUGAUCAGGGAUCCCAACAGCCAGCUGGACGGGGAGGCCAGCCCAGGGCCAGGGGGCACCCCUCUGAAGGGGUUGGGCUCUGGAGGUCUGGAGAAUGGGGGCAGUGUGGAGAAGCAGACCCCUGAUGGGGCCAGGUUAGGGGAUGCAGGGGGGGAGAAGCCAGGAGCGGAUGUAUGUCACGCUGAGGAAGAGGAGGAUGAUGAUGAUGGGCCAUUCAGGCCUCUGCAUUGGCCAGGUGGUUGCUGUGCGCGGGUCAAGUGGCUGAUCUCGUGGCCCCUGGGCCUGCUGCUGUACUGCACUGUGCCAAACUGUGUGUACCCACGCUGGCACCGCUGGUUCAUGGUCACCUUCGUAGCCUCCACCCUGUGGAUAGCCAUCUUCUCCUACCUCAUGGUGUGGAUGGUCACCAUCAUCAGCUACACACUAGACAUCCCAGACUACAUCAUGGGGAUCACCUUCCUGGCAGCGGGCACCAGCGUGCCAGACUGCAUGGCCAGCCUCAUUGUAGCUCGGCAAGGUAUGGGGGACAUGGCGGUGUCUAACUCCAUUGGCAGUAAUAUCUUUGACAUCCUGUUGGGGCUGGGUUUCCCCUGGGCUCUGCGCACUCUGGUGGUGGACAACGGAUCAUCGGUCUACAUCAAUAACAAGGGCCUGGUGUAUUCUGUUGUCCUGCUGUUGGCCUCUGUCUUCCUCACAGUCAUGAGUGUCCAUCUGAACCACUGGAAGCUGGACCGCCGGCUGGGCCUGGGGCUUAUAUUACUCUAUGCCAUCUUCCUGCUCUGCUCCAUCUUCUUUGGGCAGAUGUGAGGCUGACGAUGGGGUCAAAGGCCAACCCUGAUUUGCCUUCCUGUCAGCUGCCAUGUCCAGGAGUCCUCUGUCUCCCUGAGAUACUCUGUCCUAAAGCCAAAAAAAAAACAGCCUCAGCUACAUUGUGCUAAAGUUAACGUGAUGUACCACAAACAGGAUAUGCUUGGGUGACAUUGCACACAAACACACACACACACACAUUUUACUAUCCUUGUGGGGACCUACAAUUGAUUUCCAUUCCAAAUCCAAUUUUCCCUAACCCCUGCCUUAACCCUAAAAUAGCCUUUGUCGACAAGGGAGAUUUUCCUUGUUUUACUAUCCUUGUGGGGACUUUGGGGGAUUUCUGGUACCCACGAGGAUAGUCACACACACACGUUAUGUUCUUCUAUCCUUGUGGGGACCUAAAAUUCAUUUCCAUUCAAAAUACUAUCUU